CACACCUAAUAUAGAUUGUUCUAUGAAGUACAAUGGUUUUUUUAAAAUGUUAUGCAACUAUUUGAAACAUGAAACAUUUAGUUUCUCUUCCGUAAGCAAAAGAGAUGUUGAAAGAUUACUUUGAAAAUAAAGGAAACUACCAGAAAAGAAAAUCAAAAGGAACAAAUGAAACUUCACCAGAAACUGAUCAACAUACAAACUGUAUGGUUAAACUAUCAACAUUUCAUUCAUCUUUGGAAAAAUGGUAUUUGAAGAUUCCUGUAGUUAUGAAAAGUUUUAAUUGGCAGUGGAGUAAAAAGCUUAAUCAUUCACUAUUAAUUGUAUAGUUUGAAACUAUCAACAAAAAGAAGAGAAAAUUUAAAUGAGAAGGUGAGUGCUUCAGGCAACAAAGAAUAUUUAAUGAACAUGAAGCCCUACAGCAUUGCUCUGACUUUAAGCCUCACUGUUGUCAUCAUUGAAGCUCGGGAGAGCCGGCUGCAUGAAACCUUAUGCUGUUCCAAUGACUACACCUCAUAUAUAAGCUGCACCUGGUCUGAGCCUCGGGAGGGAAACGCCUUUGUCAAGAUGCACCUUUUUGAAAAACACAAUGAUUUAAACCUCACAAAGAUGAUCUGCAAUAGCAAAAAACUAGACUCUGAGAUACAUUGGCACUGUAGGAGGAAUGAAACCAGAUUCAAUUCUCUACUGAUUAAUUCGUUCAUUUUCAAACCUGAUCGGAAGUUGGAAACACAACUGAAUGUUGACCUCUUCAAGAACAUUCAGCUUCUGCCACCUGAGAAAUUAAAUGUUACUGCCACAGAAGAAUGUAAUUUCCUACUGGAGUGGAAAGCAGGUGGAGGAACAAACAGAAAUCAGUUGUUGGAAGGUGUUCCCCUGGAUUUUGAAAUAAGCUAUAAAAGAACUUUGGAACUUUGGGAGGAAUCUUCCUCUGUAUUGGUCUCAAAUAAGUCUCAUUAUUGUCUCCGACACAGUAACGUUGUGCCUGACAGCAGAUAUGUUGCCAGGGUUAGAAGUAAGCCAAGUCCAGGAAGUGGAUUUGCUGGCCGUUACAGUGACUGGAGUCCAGUGGUAACUUGGCAAACACCAGAAAUUUCUCCAUCAGAUGAUGCUGUGCCCAAGAAUCUUCAAUGUUAUUUUAAUGGAAUUGAUCGACUCAAAUGCAGUUGGGAGGUGAGACAAGAAAUCAGCAAUUCUAUCUUGUUCACACUCUUUUACAAAGACAAACCUGGAUCAAAAGAGAUGGAAUGCUCUGAAGUCUAUCAAGAAGCUCUUAUAAGCAAUAAUGCCACUUAUCAUGUAUUGCAAAGCUGUGAGAUCAAUGUCACUAACUCCAGCAAGCAAAGCCAAUAUCUUGUCCGUGUGAUACCAAAAGAAGAAGUGAAAGAGAUCAAGAUGUAUCUGAACAUCAAGCCAGACCCACCUUACAACCUGUCCAUGUCAGUAAUUGAUGGCCCUCAGUACAUCCUCCACUGGGACUCUAAAAUCAUCCAUACAAUUUUUGAUUUGCAAAAGAUGUAUCAGAUCUCAUACUGGGAAACUGGAAAACCUUUAGAGGCCCAUGUUGAUAACACCACAAACCAGAAAUUUACCUUCACUUCACAGUUCCUGGAACUAGGCAAAAAUUACAUAGCAAAGGUGCGAACAAUAGUAAGCGACCCUGACUACCAAGGUUAUUGGAGUGAAUGGAGUGAGGACUUCGGCUGGCAAACCACCAGUGGUUUUCCUCUCUGGGGUAUCUUGCUAAUAACCGUGGUCUGUAUCAUUCUGAUGAUGGGAGGAAUCUGCUUUUGCCAAAAAUAUCUUCUCAGCAAGAAAAAGAAAUGGGAAGCAAACAUUCCAAGUCCUCCGAAGACGUUUCUUCUCCCCAGUUUUUUUCCGAAAGUGCAAUUGGCGAACCAUUCAGAAGAUAGCAGUGCUUUAGCAAAGGAGGAAAUCAACUAUUCCAGUAAACUGGAGAGGGAAUUACUGAUUGGCAGCCCAGCAGCUAUUGAAGAUGGGUUCAAGAAAACACCACAGUUGCUUUGGUCUCAGAAUAUGAAAAAGAUAGACCUUCUCAAUAAAGCAAAUGCAGUCCAGAUUUGUACUAAUCCCAAUACACAAAUAUUUGAUUUUAAUGGCCCAUACAUGUAUUCCUCUGCAGAAUCUUUUGCACAUACUGUUCAGCAGGAUUUGAAAGUUACUCCUUCAGAACUGAAGGAAACACCAGUGUCUUUGCGAUGUAUAGGAUUACAACCUUCUUUGUCUCUUCAGCAACAGCCAGGAGGGGAAAAGGAAAAUACUUUAUUGUCUGACUCUAAUGUACAUCAGCAGGUGGAACAGCUGCUGUUUCCUACAGGACAAGAAGCAUCUCAAAUCCAGGAGACAAGUGGACAGUUGAAGAAAGAGAAAACUACAGGAUGUCUUUCCAGCUCAAAUAGCCACUGUCAAAAUUUGCCAUUAGAUUACAUUGCUACAGUAGAUCUUUCAAUAAGCAAAGAAAAGGGAUGUUUAUUGCCAUUACCUGUGUUGGUCUCAGAGGAAAGAAUGCUUCCUUGUGCUAACACAGCAACAGUUGCUGCACACAUACCCAAAACUAAUGAAAAUCUCUCAAAUUCAGAGUUAUGUCAAAAGACAUUAAAACCAACCCCCCCAGUUAUGGAUCAAAGUAUCAGUGAUCUCUCAGCAAUAUCCCAGGAAGAAUCUAGUGACUAUCUUAUGAGUUUUUCUGCUACCUCAGGUGCUAUACCAAAGGAUGGAUUAGCUUUUGCCAUGGAGGAAUCUAAGCAGGACAUUCUUAUAUUCAAUGUUGGUGGCAGAAGCCCACUUUUCUUAUAUCAAGAGGGUGAAUACUGCUUCUUUCCUGGCUCCAAGACCAAAGAAGACAGUAAGGGUCAAGAAGCACCUGUGGGCCACCAGCCUCCAGAAAGCUUUCCAAAAGUCACCAAAUACCCUUUGGAGACAAAAUUUGCUGACAAUAAGUUACAGGUCACCUCCUAGGUCUGCCAAGACAUGUGAAACAUGUUCCUCAAUAAAAACUCUCAAGUCCUUGAAUACAUAAUCUUCCUCUCUUUUAUGCUGUGGAAGGAUUAUUUUUAUAUAAUCAGAAGAAAACAAACUGAUAUCAAAUAUAUGUCAGAGAGAGAAGCAAAUUAUGAUAAUAUGACUUUGCUUUUGGUAUAUAACAGUCACUGGAUUUCUUUCAUAAUGGCCUCUUUUCAACAAUAAAAUUUUCAUUAGAAAACAAAUGGUUUUAUCUAGCCUAUUGGGCAGAAGUCAAUAAUUGUCUUAUACAAUGGAUUUUGUUAAUGCAAAAACAUGCUUCACUAUAGAAAACUUCCUCAUUGCUGAGGCAAUAUUUUGGGUAUUAUUGCAUUGUUUUCAUACUACAUCCACUUCUACCAAUAAAGGUUGGACUUUCCUUUGCAGAUAUCAGCCUGCAAUUGGACUGAAUAUUUAGGAAGGUAUCAACCACCCCAGAAUUUUUAUGAUUUUUUUUAUGUGCAAUUAAAAAGAAGUCUACUUCUUCUGCAAAGCUUUCAUAUGUUACAUGACUAAUUAAGAGUCACCAACUUUUAAACUGGAUCCAUGAACAAUAUAUUUGGUAGCAAAUAGU